AAACCAAACCCCCGCAAAACCCUAGCCGCCGCGCCCCGCCGCCCCCCAAGUGCUCCGCCGCCUCCUCGCGCGCCCCCUCUCCUCCAGCUCCAUCUCCAAGCGCGCGCGCGCGGCGAGGAUGAACGUCAAGGGCGGCGGCCGGAUCCCGGCACCCCCGCCGGGGGCCAGCGCGCUGCUCAAGGUCGCCGUGUUCGGCGGCGCCGCCGUGUACGCCGCCAUGAACAGCCUCUACAACGUCGAGGGAGGGCACCGCGCCAUCGUCUUCAACCGCAUCCAGGGGAUCAAGGACAAGGUAUACCCUGAAGGGACUCACUUUAUGAUUCCAUGGUUUGAACGGCCAAUCAUUUAUGAUGUCCGUGCUCGCCCCAAUCUUGUUGAGAGUACUUCUGGAAGCAGGGAUCUUCAGAUGGUGAAAAUUGGUCUUCGUGUCCUCACAAGGCCUAUGCCAGAGAGGCUACCCCAUAUCUACAGGACUUUGGGGGAGAACUUCAACGAGAGAGUUCUGCCUUCUAUCAUUCAUGAAACACUGAAAGCUGUUGUAGCUCAAUACAAUGCUAGCCAGUUGAUCACACAGAGAGAAACUGUUAGUAGGGAGAUUAGGAAGAUACUGACCGAGAGGGCCAGAAACUUUAGCAUUGCUCUUGAUGAUGUCUCCAUUACAAGCCUGAGCUUUGGGAAGGAGUUUACUCAUGCAAUUGAAGCCAAACAAGUUGCUGCACAGGAAGCUGAGCGUGCAAAGUUCAUUGUCGAGAAAGCUGAGCAAGAUAAGAGAAGUGCAAUUAUCAGGGCUCAGGGAGAGGCUAAGUCUGCAGAGCUGAUUGGCCAGGCCAUUGCAAACAACCCUGCUUUCCUUGCCCUGAGGCAGAUUGAAGCCGCGAGGGAGAUCUCGCACACGAUUGCAGCCUCAGCCAACAAGGUCUUCCUGGACUCCAAUGACCUGCUGCUCAACCUCCAGCAGCUGAACGUGUCGAAGCAGCAGAAGAAAUGAUGCAUCCCCUUGUUCUGAGUGUGUGGAUGUCCUUGUACCAGACAUUGGGUGGAACCGGUCGGGUUUUGAACGUAGCAUCUUUAGUUACCCCUAUCUGAUACGGUGGUACUCAGUGAACGUGCGCACCAAAUGCACUGGAAAUCACAUCUUUUGAACUGUUCUUGAGGAAGUUCAAUAAGAAACAAAUCGCUCCUAUGAUCUAGGAUUUUUAUGAUUGAUAUUUUUUUUCUAUUGAUUUAUUGGGGUUAGUUAUUGGUAAUCAUGGGAGCAGUUCCAAUAUUCUACAGUUGGAUUUA